UUUUUCACGAUCCCGACGAAAUUCCGUUCGCAGGACUUUGCCGCGGUUAUGUAACUUGCACGGGCGGGGCCUAAGCCAGACUCCAUUGGUCGAUAUCGCGAUGACGACGCGCACGAGCCAACCGGCUGCGUCGAUUCGGGCUCGCCCCCUCUCCGGUGCCCUCCCGCGCCCUCCUCCCCACUUUGGCCGAGCGGGGCGACGUUUGUCCCGGACUCCCGAGCAAGCCCGCGCCGUACGUUCGACGUGCCGCCGCCACCGCGCGAGCGCCUUCCGUUCUCCUAAACGCCAUUUGCGGCGGUCGUUGGAGCACUUCGCGGGGCGGAAGUAAGAAAGAAGACGGAGUGAAAAGUCAAGAAAAAAGCCGAGGAGGAUUUAAGCUCGCUUAAGCUCUGCAACAAUCCCGCAAGGCCCGGUUCUCCCCGAUGGGUGCGCACCGCGAGGAGGCGACGCGCAGCCGCAAAUCACCCAACCGAGUCGACAAGUGCGAAAGAAUGAAGACGAGCUAGACGUGUCCCGACUUCACCAGAAAUACGAGCAGUUUUUUUUGUUUUUUUUGAAAACGGCAGUUUUUAUUUUUUUGGGGCCAACAUGAGCACAGAAGGCUACCAGUACCGAGCGCUGUACGACUACAAGAAGGAGCGCGAAGAGGACAUCGACCUCCACGUGGGCGACGUGCUGCUGGUGAGCAAAGCGGCGCUCGUGGGGCUGGCGGCGCUCGGCUACGCCGACGGCCUGGAGCAGCGGCCCGACGAGAUCGGCUGGCUGCCGGGCUUCAACGAGACCACGCAGGAGAAGGGCGACUUCCCCGGCACGUACGUGGAGUACGUCGGCAGGAAGCGGAUCUCGCCCCCCACGCCCAAGCCGCGACCGCUGCGCCCGCUGCCCGUCGCCCCGGCCGGCUUCAGGGCCGAGGCCGAGUCCGACUCCGAGCAAGGCUGGUGGCUGCUGGACCUGACGGAGCAGUUUUCCCUCCCCGAGACGGCCCCGCCCCACCUGGCCCGUCUCCUGGAGGCCAUCGAGAAGAAAGGUCUGGAGAACCCCACGCUGUACCGAACCUUCACUGCAGGGGGGGGCCAUGAAGUCCGACAAUAUUUUGAAUCCGAUCCCUCGUCCGCGGACCUGGACCGGCUGGAGCUCCCCGCCCUGUGCGACGGCGUCCGCCGGUACCUUCAGGACCUCCCUCAGCCCAUCGUCCCGCCCGCCGUGUACGCGCAGCUGGUGCACGCCGCCAAAGAGGUGUCCAAUCCCGACGAGUGCGCCCAGCAGCUGCGCCGCAUCGCCGGCGGGCCGGGCCUGCCCCCGCAGUACUGGCUGGGCCUCCAGUGCGUCCUGCGCCACUUGGCCCGCGUCUGCCAGAGCGCCAACAAGAACCUGCUGAGCGCCAGGGCGCUGGGCGAAAUCUUCAGCCCCGUCUUCUUCAGGCAGCAGAGCAUCAGCUGCGAGGCCAGCCAGGAUACCCACGUCAGGAUCAUCGAGGUUCUGGUGGCCAGCGAACGGACCGAAAGUCAGGAAGCCCCAGCUCUACCUCCGAAGCCGCCCAAGCCCGCCCCCGUCGCUAACAACGUCCAGAACAACAACAACAACAACAUGGCGCUGCAGGACGCCGAAUGGUACUGGGGGGACAUCUCCCGCGAGGAGGUCAACGAGAAGCUGCGGGACACGGCCGACGGAACCUUUUUGGUGCGCGACGCGUCCACUAAGAUGCACGGCGACUACACGCUGACCCUGAGGAAGGGCGGCAACAACAAGCUCAUCAAGAUAUUUCACCGCGACGGCAAAUACGGCUUCUCGGAUCCGCUCACCUUCAGCUCCGUGGUGGAGCUCAUCAACCACUACCGCAACGAGUCGCUGGCGCAGUACAACCCCAAGCUGGACGUCAAGCUGCUCUACCCGGUCUCCAAGCACCAGCAGGACCAGGUCGUGAAAGAGGACAACAUCGAAGCCGUGGGCAGGAAGCUGUGCGAGUACCAUCAGCAGUACCAGGAGAAGAACAAGGAGUACGACCGGCUGUAUGAGGAGUACACAAGAACCUCGCAGGAAAUCCAAAUGAAGAGGACCGCCAUCGAGGCGUUCAACGAAACCAUCAAGAUCUUCGAGGAGCAGUGUCAAACGCAGGAGCGCUACAGCAAGGAGUACAUCGAGAAGUUCCGGAGGGAGGGCAACGACAAGGAGAUCCAGAGGAUCAUGGGCAACUACGAGAAGCUCAAGUCCAGAAUCAGUGAAAUCGUGGACAGCAAGAGCCGCCUGGAGGAGGACCUGAAGAAGCAGGCGGCCGACUACCGCGAGAUCGACAAGCGCAUGAACAGCAUCAAGCCGGACCUCAUCCAGCUGCGCAAGACCCGAGACCAGUACCUCAUGUGGUUGACGCAGAAGGGCGUCCGGCAGAAGAAGCUCAACGAGUGGCUGGGAAUCAAGAACGACAACGCCGAAGAUCAAUACUCGAUGGUGGACGACGACGAAGACCUGCCCCACCACGACGAGCGCUCCUGGAAGCUGGGCAACAUCAACCGGCUGCAGGCGGAGGCGCUCCUCCAGGGCAAGCGAGACGGAACAUUCCUGGUGCGCGAGAGCAGCAAGCCCGGAUGCUACGCCUGCAGCGUCGUAGUGGACGGCGAGGUGAAGCACUGCGUCAUCAACAAGACGCCGUCGGGCUUUGGUUUUGCAGAGCCGUACAACCUGUACGGCUCCCUGAAAGAACUGGUCCUCCACUACCAGCACACGUCUCUGGUGCAGCACAACGACUCCCUGAAUGUGACGCUCGCCUACCCCGUCUACGCUCAGCAGAGGCGGUGAGGUGGGGGGGCAAGGGGGGAGCGGAGCGAGGUGCUACGAGGAGGCCUCCUGGAAAGAGGCGGGGGGCGGGGGGGACGGCGAAGGGUGAAAAGAGGGGGAGGUGGGGGGGGGGGGCUACGAAAAGGACGUUUUCAGUGACUGCCUGACGAGUUUGAAUGUACGUUUGAUGUUCUUUUGAGGGUUUGUGGUGCGUCCCGCCCCCAGGACCCCCCCCCCCCUUGCCUGAGGACACUUUGAGGCCUUUUCCUAAACGGUGCUCGCGGACUCUCGGACGUUUUUACCCGCUGUGACAGAACUCAACCCCCCCCCCCC